AUGAACACAGCAUCCCUCCAUGUCCUCCAUCACGUUCCUCACAGCGUCCCUUCAUCACGUUCCUCACAGCGUCCCUCCGUGUCCUCCAUCACGUUCCUCACAGCGUCCCUUCAUCACGUUCCUCACAGCGUCCCUCCGUGUCCUCCAUCACGUUCCUCACAGCGUCUCUCCGUGUCCUCCAUCACGUUCCUCACAGCGUCCCUCCGUGUCCUCCAUCACGUUCCUUACAGCGUCCCUCCGUGUCCUCCAUCACGUUCCUUACAGUGUCCCUCCAUGACGUUCCUCACAGUGUCCCUCCAUCACGUUCCUCACAGGGUCCCUCCGUGUCCUCCAUCACAUUCCUCACAGCGUCCUCCGUGUCCUCCAUCACAUUCCUCACAGCGUCCCUCCGUGUCCUCCAACACGUUCCUCACAGCGUCCCUCCGUGUCCUCCAACACGUUCCUCACAGCGUCCCUCCGUGUCCUCCAACACGUUCCUCACAGCGUCCCUCCCAACUCCACAAACUCCUCAGAUGUUUAAUUCUGUAA